GGCAAGGGAUGGAAAAGGGAGAAGCGACACAAGACAGGGGCCGUUCAAACACGGCAGUGUCCGGGAGAUGAUGGCAUGGCAUGGCCACCUUGGGACCUCGGGUUGGGACCUUUUGCCCAAAAAAUAAACUGUUGCCCUAGCCCGUUUUUAUUCGGUUUCCCCCAGAAAUGAAAAAACAAGACGAACCGCUUCUGGUUCAUGGGACGACCUUGUCUAUCCCAUCCCGCCGCACCCUCUUUCUUGCUGGUUGCUUGUCUAUCACUUUCUUCCUACACUCAUGCUACUAGUAACAUUCUUUCUUCCCCCUUGCGUUAUACGGAGACCAGAGACAAAGUCCGCCUAUCGUCGAGCCUUGCUGACCUGCAACUCUCUUGGUUUGUGCAUUGCGUCUUUGGCCCGGCAUUUAACUUGGACCCCCCCCCCAGUUUCCCGAAUUCCCCCUCCUCCAGUCCCGAAGCGCGCACCGCUCCCUUCUACCCUUCCCCCUUGCCCACCACGGUCUCGCUCGGAGCGGACCGCAUGUUGAUGGACAGGUUCUACAACCAACAGCGGCUUCGCAAAAGCGGUGGUAGCAGCUUGAGCUCACUCGGUCCUGGCUCGCCCGUGGGACGGCACCAGCCGCCGCGUCCUCCAACGGCCGCCAACAGCAUCUCGGCCGCCUCCACAUCGACGCUGCUCACCGCUAGUUCGUCGUCCGAACGUACCCGCAACUUUUCCACAGACAGCAGGCCGCGCACGCCGCCCUCGACGAGACCAUCGAUGCAGUCAGGCGAACAAGACGAGUACCCCGAAGAUCAUCCGAGUCCGACCUCCGAUGAAGUGAAUGAGACCGUCUGGGCUGGAGGGUCCGAUUCUGACGACGGAUCGGACAGCGACCCGACGCCGGGUCAGAGUCUCCGGGCGGUAACACAGUGAGUCUCUCAUUCUGACCCGAUGAUGAUGUCUUUCAUUGUUUUUUGGUUUAUUCAUGUUUCACGUUUAU